AGCAGACAAUACAUGCCUGCAGGUCCUCUGAUGGACGUCACAGUCACUGCUGGGAAGUUAAAUGAAGUUCACCUGCCACACUGGAUCUGCAUCGAUGACGUCCCUGACAUAUUGGACAUGUUUGCAGUCGUUCACAUAGAUGACUGUGGAGAUGUUGUGGAAAAAGUGUCUGAGGUCACACCAACACAUGUCAAGUUAACUGAACCAAAUUUCUCUCUAAUAGGGGCUCUGAUACGUUUAUUCUUUCCUUUGAAAAUCAGCUGUUACACGUUGAUGUACUAUAAACCCAACACAUCAUUUCUUAAACUCCACGUCUAUCCAAUCCGACAGGAUCCUGCUCUGGAACAGGGAAUAGACAAGGAAGAAUCCUCAGAUGGAUACAAAAGAAUCAAAAAGCCACACCCAGACAAGUACCUGCAAACUGAGCGUACUUUCAGCCUCAGAGCCGACAUGGAAACAGCAGAAAUUCAACCACAGGAGUUAACCUUCAGAUAUAACAGGAUAAACUUCUAUGAAGUGUUCAUUGAGAAUCCAGACAGAAAACUCAGGCUUACACUCCUGCACUCAAAUGAUGAUGAACCAGUCUGGACAUGUAAUGUUUAUCAAGAUGACUUUCCCAUGUCUGGUUAUGUUGAAGCUUCAGGAACUUCAAGGGGAGCAACUGGUGUCAGUACUUCAGCUGCAGGAUCCUCAAGAGGAGCAGCGGGUGUCGGCACGUUGGCAGCUGAGAAACACUCGGUGGAUAAACAUCCUCCUGCACGGGGAAAGAAAGCAUUGUUCAAAUCCAACAGAAAGAGGUACGAUGAGGAUCCAGAAGAAGAAGAAGAGCAUAAAAAGCUGAAGUUACAGUGGGACAGUGAUGCUGCAGCACAGAUGCCAAAGGCAUUAACAGUCCAAUCAGACGGAGAGAAGCUUUUGGGGAUGUUGGAUGAUCUGAAAAAGGACGAGCUUGAAAAGUUCAAGUGGUUCCUGCGGGACCGUGAUGUUUUGGUGGAGCUCCAACCCAUCCCAGAGAGUCGACUGGAGAAGGCCAGCACCUGUGACCUGGUGGACCUGAUGGUGCAGACCUACACAGAAAAGUCUGUGGAGGUGACCAAGAAGGUUUUGAAGAAAAUUAACAGGAAUGAUCUGGUGCAGAAGUUAUCAGACAGCAGCUCAUGAUCCAAAGUCUGGUUUGGAGUGAAGCCUGAAUGAGAAAAGUUUCCAAGGUUAGAAGUUACUGAGGAACAUCAUGACCUGGAUCUAUUACAGCCAUGUUUCUCACAUCUUAAGAAGUUUGACGACUGCUUUGAAGAUAAACUGGAGAAUUUUAUGCUUUUUAAUCUUUAAUAUCCUGCUUUAAUCAUUGUUUUGUGGGUUUUUUUAAUUCCCUUUUAAGCAUAUCACUAAACAUUUUAUAUUGGCUUUCUACUAAAUAUAGCCACAUAAAUACAAUUGUUCUUUAUCAAUUAAAUAUUUUUUUGGAUACAUCAGGGAGCAACAUUUGUGUCUAUUAACUAUUUACUGUCAAAAACUCGUUCAGUUUUUUUAUUUUAAAAUCUGUAAAAACACGUCUUUCAUGUUUAUACGCACGUUGAAACUUUUGCUUGAAUGAAGCGGCCUAAAGACAAUGAAACAAUGUACAAUGAAGAUCACUCAGUAAGAUGAUUACUGUGCUUUUGUAUUUUAAGAGAUGAGAUGUUCAGGUCAGUCUUUAUUUUCCUGCAGGAUCAUUUUGAUUUGCAGCAUCAGUCGGUAAAACUGAAAUAUCAAAAAUGAGAAAGAUCAACACAUAAAUAACAGUAGGAAUGAGGAAUAGUUAAAUAAAUGACUAAAAGUACAUUAAAAUGAUGGAACCAGUCAAUAAGAAACGUUACAAACAUGAGAAAUGUCAGACCGGGAUCGGACGGCUUUAUUUACACAGAACUGGAUGUUUCCUGACUCUGAGGACUUUAUUCGUCUAAGGAAGAAACUCAAACUGUUCCUAAAUGUGUCCUUAUAUUUUUACUUGUACAUACAAUUUUUUAUAUGGUUUAAUUGCUAUUAAAGACUCAUUUUUACCCUU